AUGCGAACCCCUAUUGCUGAGCUUGGGCUGGAAGAUACCAUGUGCUGGAAUUUUGAUCCGCGGGGAGUGUUCUCGGUGAAGACGGCUUAUCUGCUGAGUUUGGGAUAUUAUGAGAAUAAUCCGAAUCAAAGCUGGUCUCGUUUAGUUUGGAGCAAUUCCCUUCCGCCAAAGAUUAAAGUCUUUGUUUGGCGAGCUCUGAACAAUAUCAUUCCAACGGGCGCUAAUUUGAAAGAGCAUAAGGUACCGAUUGAUGGAAUUCGUGGGCGGUGUCAUAGUCGGUGGGACGUAACAGAACAUAGCUUGAUCUUUUGCCCGGUGGUUCAUAAUACUUGGAAAAGCUUUAUUUUCUGGAGAGUUUUGAAGGAAGCUGUUGCUCUUCCUAUUCUUGCUAUUGCAGAGUUAAUACGGAGGAAUUUCAGUGUUGAUGAGUAUACGUUGUGGUGUAUGUUACUUUGGCGUGUGUGGAGCUUUGUUUGUGAGGUGAUUCACGGUAAGGUUCAGCUGGAGUCUGCACCAUCGGCUGCGGAGAGUCAAACGGCGCUGGAGGCUUUUUGGGCUGCUAAAUCGACCUUCUUCGUCAAGAAUAUUAUGGGUAUGCGUUUGGGCAACCGGGAUCCACAACGGCAGCAGUACGGCGUUAGGGUGGCGGUUCGUAAUCAUCGGGGUGAGCUGCAGCUGGCGGCGGCGAAGGCCUGCAAGGCGAGUUCAAACUCGCUUAUGAUGGAAAUUAUGGCUAUGGUCGCUGGAAUCACGUGGUGCUUGGAAUAUGAUAUUUCUCCGAUUGAGUUAAUUACUGACUCGAUGUUGGCGGCUAGAGUCAUGGCUUGUCCGGAUGAGGAGGGUCGUGUCUUAUCUGAUGAUAUUCUUGAUAUUCUCACUGUGGCUAGAUCGUUUAUGCUUAUUAGUGUUAAUCAUAUGCAUAGAGAGGCGAAUGUUGUGGCCCAUAAUCUCGCGCAUUUUGCGCGCUCUUGUCAGCAACCAGUUUGUUUGAUUGCCGGUUUUCCUCGUUGGCUCCGUGACUUGGUCUCGAAGGACGUUUCUUAA